UGUGUGUGUGAGCGAGAGAGAGUAUGACAGAGACACCUGCAUUUCUUACAGCCUACCAAAUGUCAGUGAAGAACUCUUCGCAGCACUGAAAACAUCACGUACCAAUCAUCAGCGAGGGAGGUGCAGCCACGCUUAAAAGGAGGGCUCGUUUGAUAAAUAUUCUGCAUUUCCAUCCGACUCCUGAUCGCUGAACACAAAAGACACUCAGCUCUCAAAAACAGCUUUUGCUGUCCCCACCUUCAUCUCUGCCGUGUUUGACCCUCACCUUCCUUUGCCCUUCCCCCUCCCCCGCUGCUUGUUUUUGAAGCUCCAUCCUGACUGCAGAUACGAUCGUCUCAGUUUCUGGGUUACAGCUCCACAGAGACCUGAUGACUGAGAUGAAGAACUUUAUUCAAGCCAUCCUCAUUCUCUCUGCUGUGCUCGCGUCAUCUACGAAGGCAGAGGAGGUGAUAUAUGCUCAGGUGGGAGACACAGUUACCCUCAAGCUGCUGAAUAAUUUACAUGGAAAUUAUCUGCACUGGUAUUUUGGUGACGAAAGUGGCGUUCGACUUGCAUGGAGUAAUCCCCUUGGUGGAAAGGAUUUCAUUAAUACAGAACAUUGGAAAACUAAGUUGUCUGACGACUCAUCACUGAUCAUCAAUGACAUCAAACAAGAAAACUUUGGAACUUUUGUCUGUAAAUCUCUUUCUGAAAGUAACAAACUCACAUACAGACUGCUUAAAAUCAGCGUCACUGUGGACCGAGCCUCUCCUCUGGUGCCGGGAGAACUUCUGACUCUGACUUGCAUAGCAGAGACUCCUCCAAAUGCUCAGAGUCCAGAGAUACACUGGCUGAAUCCACGGGGGGAGAAGGUUGAGACCAAACAAGGAAAGCACAAAGUGAGAGUUACAAGCCAAGACCAUGGCCAGUGGACAUGUGUUGUGACAAAUAAUAAAAAGGAAAACCAAGCCAAAACCUCUGUUACUGUUGUGGACCUUUCCCCAGCUCCUUUAGAUCCUCUGUAUACAUCUAAAUCCACGCCUCUGACCGUCCCCUGUUCGUUUCCCGCUCACAUCUCCUGGGAACAGAUCAAAGCUGUGGGCCUCCAGGAAGUUAACUGGCACUUCAAUCCUCAACCUGGAUCAAAUAAUGUUUCUGGUUACCCACAGAGACUCUUCUUCCUCUCCCUGGGUGAUCCGCCGACUUGGAAGAAAGACCAGGAUAGAGAUCUGACUCCUGUACUAGACCUCAAAAAAGGCCUUCUGUCUUUGACCAGAAAGCAAGGGAGGGAACAUGACAAAGGAGAUUACUUUUGCUCCAUGAAAGUUAGAGAUGGUGUGAUUCUGAACAGGACUGUUCAUGUUAAGGUGCUGCAAAUCACUUCCUCUGCAGGAACCGAGUUCAUUUCUGGCCAGCAGGUUAACCUGUCUUGCAGCGUUGGCGAGCCUCUGCCCUCUUCCCUUAGACUAAAAUGGGUCCCACCUGAACAAUCGUCUCUUCUAUCUCUGACAACUGACCAUCACCCUGCCCACCUCACCAUCCGGGGAGUGGGGGCAGGAGACGGAGGAAGGUGGAGGUGUGAGCUGUGGCAGGGCAAUGUAUGCCUGACGUCUGCUGUGAUAACACUCAAGAUCGCAGAGCCUAAGCUGAGUGUGUGGAUGCUGGUGAUCAUAUGUAGUGUCACAGUCAUCAUCGUCCUCCUCCUCAUACUUGUUUUCAUCAUCUGCAGACGCAGACAACGGAAGACGAGUCACCUCAGACAUCGGCUCUGUAAAUGCAAAAACCCGAAGCCCAAAGGAUUCUACAGAACAUAAAUCUCACACAAAGACAUUUCCAAGAGGACAUCGCAGCCAAUUUAAUUUAUGUCCAGAUAAGAUGGAUUUUUUUGUCAGAUCCAAUAAACGGGGACGCUCUGUUUGGUGUUUAUGACGAGGGUCUGAAAGUUCAGUUGUUCUUGAAAUGUCAGACAAGAAAUAUAUAUUUUAGAUCGUUGUAGAUAUCAGUUUUGUUUUUAUAUCUCUAAUGUAACAUGUGAUUGAUUUCUUUGGGAUUUUAAGAAAUUGCUCUGUGAAGGUGUACUUCCAUUUCAAGUGUUUUUUUUUAUUGUUAUAUAUGAUUAAAGAUUAUUAAAGAUAUUUUUAUGUUGUGCUCCAUUUAACCAUUUAAUGUGAUGUUCGCUGUAUAAUAAUGCAUUUCAAAGCUUGGUUAAAUCCUUUAUUAAUAUUUAGAAACAGUAUUUUUUUAAAUGAGAUAUAAUAUUAAACUAAAUAUACCUACUUUACUACUUCAAUCAAAACAGGACGGAUAAUUCUUCUUUGAAUGAUGAUGAAACCUUCAAAAACACUGUCUAUAUAAAGUUUUAAAUAAAGACUGUUAAACGUC